AUGACUCUUCACCUACAAUGUUCCAAAACUUUUCUUGCACCUUCUGCUCUUGCAAUUCAUCAACGAACACACACAGGAGAAACGCCCCAUCAAUGUCCUCAGUGUGGGAAAGCCUUUAGUCAAAAGGGUAAUCUCAAGAAACACCUGAGGAUCCACACUGGAGAAAAGCCUAAUCAGUGUACUACAUGUGGGAAGGGUUUCAAAAGUAGCAGUGAACUUACAAUCCACCAGAUGAUACAUACUGGAGAAAAGCCACAUCUGUGUUCUCAGUGUGGAAAGGCCUUUAGUCAAAAGGGUUAUCUCAAGACACACCAGAGGAUCCACACUGGAGAAAAGCCAUAUCAGUGUACUACAUGUGGGAAGGAUUUUAGGAAUAGCAAUAGUCUUACAAUCCACCAGCUGACACAUACUGGGGAAAGGCCAUAUCAUUGUUCUCAGUGUGGAAAGACUUUUAGUCAAAUGGCUCAUCUCAAGACACACCAGAGGAUCCACACUGGAGAAAAGCCAUAUCACUGUUCUCAGUGUGGAAAGACCUUUACUAAAAUGAGUCAUCUCAAGACACACCUGAUGAUCCACACUGGAGAAAAGCCAUAUCAUUGUACUACAUGUGGGAAGGGUUUCAAAAGUAGCAGUGAAUUUAAAAUCCACCAGAUGACACAUACUGGAGAAAAGCCAUAUCAUUGUUUUCAGUGUGGAAAGGCCUUUACUAACGAGGGUAAUCUCAAAAAACACCAGAGAAUUCACACUGGGGAAAAGCCACAUCACUGUUCUCAGUGUGGAAAGACUUUUAGUCAAAUGGGUAAUCUCAAGACACACCAGAGAAUCCAUACUGGAGAAAAGCCCCAUCAAUGCUCUCAGUGUGGAAAGGCCUUUAGUCAAAAGGGCGAUCUCAUCAGACACCAGAGGGUCCAUACUGGGGACAAGAACCUAGCCAUAUCAAUCAUUCUCAAGAAGGACCAAGCUCCUGACUCAGGUCAUGACAGCAUUCUCAAGAGGGACCCAGCUCCUGACUCGGGUCAUGACAGCAUUCUCAAGAAGGACCCAGCUCCUGACUCGGGUCAUGACAGCAUUCUCAAGAGGGACCCAGCUCCUGACUUCAAAUCGACUUGCAUUGACACCUGCUAA